CUCCCUGUCCGCGGCCAGGUCAGGACGGCCCCUUCGGGAGCCGCGCUGUGAUCGGGGACUACAUCCGGCCCCUCCCGCUGCCCGGGGACUCGCCGGAGCCUCUGCCUGCCAAGCCCCCCUUUCUGUCCAGAUCCGGAAGCUCAAGAUGCAGAUUUGAGUCCGAUAUGGACAAUGAACGGAACGCCAACCCCCCCAAGCAGAGGUACUCAGGGAAGGUGCACCUGUGUGUGGCCCGCUACAGCUACAACCCCUUCGACGGCCCCAAUGAGAACCCAGAGGCUGAGCUGCCGCUCACGGCGGGGAAAUACCUCUACGUCUACGGGGACAUGGACGAGGACGGCUUCUAUGAAGCAGGUGAGCUCCUGGACCACAGAGGGGCUGGUGUGUGAGGGAGACACACACGCACACACGUGCACACACGUGCACAC